AUGGCCAGAGUUCAUAUCACCGACGAUGACCUUGUAGGCAUCAAAGAUAAAGUCAUCCUGAUCACAGGUGGAUCCUCCGGAAUCGGCAGAGCAACGGCCCAACUAUGUCUAGACCUAGGCGCAAAAGUGGUAGUGGGAGACAUGAACCCCCCUAAGCCCGAAUUCACCAACAACGAAAACCUCAAGUUCCUCAACGUCAAUGUCACAGAAUGGGAGAGUCUACGCAACAUGUUCACCCAAGCAAUGGAAUGGUUCGGCCGCAUCGACCACGUCUUCGCCAAUGCAGGAAUCGCCCCAACACCCAAUUUCAUGGAGGUGAAGCUCAACGAAGACGGCCAAGUUGAGCCCCCGAAUCUUCGAGUUAUCAAUGUGAAUUUCCUUGCCGUGAUCAAUACUAUCCAUCUCGCACACGCAUACAUGACAAAACUUGCCCCCGAGAACGCUGGAGUCGGCAGUAUUGUGCUUGCGGCAUCUGCUUCAUCAUUCCAGACCUUCAGUACUGGAGAUUACACGAUCGCCAAGCACGGCGUCCUGGGUAUGGUCCGGGCCUUCGUUGAGCCAUUUGAAGGCAAAGUACGAAUCAAUGCUAUUGCACCUUCGUGGACGGAUACUGGAAUUAUGCCUGGUGCUUUGCUCCAGAAGAUCAAUGUCAGCUCUCAGACUCCGGAUGUUGUUGCCAGGAGUGUGGCUUUGCUCUUCGCAGAUGAGAAGAGACAUGGAGAUGUUCUUUAUAGUUGGGAUGGCAAUUACCGGGAGAUUAACAACUCGGAAGGUGGACUUUUGGAGGGCGCUGCUAAAUUACUGGAUAAUGCGGCUAGUGAACAGAGUGCGAUUCUUAAAAUUCGGGCUGCUUUUGCGAAGGCUACAAAGACUUGA